AUGAGUACGGAGCGGACAAAGGGAGACGCUCCCACAGAGCCAAAGACCAAAAGCAUUCGCUGGGGAGUUGCUGCGGCUCUAAUCAGUCUUCUGAGCAUUGCCGCAGUGAAACUGGAUCCCGAACUCUUCAAGAGCUCGCUAGAGACAAUCCAGUUUCCCCUGACCAGCAUCUCAGAAGUCUUCAGUAAGAUGCAGAAUGAGAGCAGAACCUUUGAAGCCAUGUACAAACAGUAUUCGAUUCAGUGUCCGGCUCAGAAGUACCAAACACAUAUAUUCACGACAGAUCCUUUGAUAGUCUACAUCGAGGAUUAUCUCAGCCACGACGAGACUGUAUAUCUGCAGCACCUGGCUGAAUCUCGCUUCAUGGAGUCCCCAGUCUCAAAGGGCUAUAGACUUGACGAGUACGACACUUCGAUCCGGUCCUCACAGUCUGCAGUUCUCCCUCGUGACCCUGUUGUUGCCUGUAUCGAGCAGCGUACUAUGGACUUCCAAGGCUUCCAAUCUCUCAACCGUUUGGAAGACCUGCAGGUUGUCAAGUACGGCAUCAACGACCAGUUCCGACCACACUUUGACUGGUUCGGCGGGAUGGAGAACCCGCGCGUGUCCACUAUCUUUGCAUACCUGGAAUGCGAUGGCUGUGUCGGUGGCUCGACCCAGUUUCCGCACUAUCGAGGCUCGUUCCCGGCGCACUGGUGCCGGUUCAUUGACUGCGAAGAUAACGAGGACAACCGGCAAGCGGGUGGUGUCGGGUUCAAGGUCCUCCGUGGCAAUGCGGUCUUCUGGCGAAAUCUGUAUGAGAAUGGGACCGGGCAUCCUGGUGUCUGGCAUGCAGGAAUGCCGGUUCGACAGGGUAAGAAGUACGGAUUGAACAUUUUCACGAGGAGGGAUAACAUCUUUGAGGAGAGUAACAAUGCUCAGGAGAGUUCUUAA